AUGAAGAAAAAGGUGAUGGGUAAGAAGAGACAAUGGGUUUCCUUCUUCUGGUGGUUUGGAAUGACUCUGCAGCUGUGUUUCUUGCUCGGUGCCUGUUCUGAGAAGACUUCAUUUAGAAGAAGUUUAAGGGAGAUCAAGAGUCCAGAACCAACAUCUCAUGCUGCUGUCACGCUGGAUGCAGAAAACCAUGAGCAGUUGGUGGUUGACAACGGAAUUGUUUCCGUCACUUUGUCAAGACCUGAGGGCUAUGUCCUUGGAAUAUCGUAUAACGGAAUUGACAAUAUACUUGAAACUGGAAACGAAGAUCAAGAUAGAGGGUACUUGGACGUCGUUUGGAAUGAACCAGGGAAACCUAGUACUUUUCAGAGAAUCCACGGGACAAAUUUUUCGGUUAUAGCAGCCGACGAGAAUCUGGUGGAAGUUUCAUUUUUAAGAACAUGGACAUCUUCUAUGAAUGGCUCAAGUGUCUCCAUAAACAUAGAUAUAAGAUACAUUUUGCGAAGUGGCGAUUCAGGAUUUUAUUCAUAUGCAAUAUUUGAUCGCCCUGAAGGAUUGCCCGCGGUGGAGGUUGAUCAAAUCAGGAUUGUUUUCAAACUCAGUAAUGACAGGUUCCAGUAUAUGGCUAUAUCAGAUGAGAGGCAAAGAAGCAUGCCAACGAUGAGAGAUAGAGAAACAGGUGAAAUCCUGGCUUACCCUGAAGCAGUACUAUUAACAAGACCAAUGAACGCAGAAUUCAGGGGAGAGGUGGAUGACAAAUACCAAUACUCAUGUGAGAACACGGACAACACAGUUCAUGGAUGGAUGAGUCUUGACUCUGAUGCACCCGUGGGUUUCUGGAUGAUAACACCCAGUAACGAGUUCCGCAAUGCAGGGCCCAUCAAGCAAGACCUCACUUCCCAUGUUGGCCCCAUCACCCUCUCUAUGUUUGUGAGUACCCACUAUGCUGGCAAGGAGGUGACCAUGGCAUUUCAAGAAGGGGAGACUUAUAAAAAGGUUUUUGGACCUGUAUUUGUCUACGUUAACUCUGCUUCAAGCGAGAAUGAUACACUAUCCCUCUGGUCAGAUGCUGUGCAGCAGCAAUCCAAGGAAGUCAAAAGCUGGCCUUACGAUUUUCCUAGAUCCGAAGAUUUCCUUCCACCUAAUCAAAGGGGAACAGUACAGGGAAGGUUACUUGUCCAAGAUCGGUACAUCAAAGGUGGGAGAUUUCAAUAUGCUAACGACGCUUAUGUCGGGCUUGCUUUGCCUGGAGAAGCUGGAUCAUGGCAGAAAGAAAGCAAGGGCUACCAAUUCUGGACUCAAGCCGAUACAGAAGGAUACUUCGUCAUAAACAAUGUUGUGCCUGGUGAAUAUAAUUUGUAUGCAUGGUUUCCAGGCUUCAUUGGUGAUUAUAGAUAUAAUGGGACAAUCAGCAUGUCACCAGGAGGAAUCAUGAAAUUGGAUUCACUUGUAUAUAGUCCUCCAAGAAAUGGAGCAACUAUUUGGGAAAUUGGGGUCCCAGAUCGCUCGGCUGCAGAAUUCUACGUACCAGACCCCUACCCUACGCUUAUGAACAAAUUAUACAACGAGCAGCGCAGAGACAAGUUUAGGCAAUACGGGUUGUGGGAACGUUACGCUGAUUUAUAUCCAAAUGAUGAUCUUAUUUACACUGUCGGUGUUAACAACUAUCAUAAGGAUUGGUUUUUUGCUCAUGUUACGAGAAACACAGGAAAUAAGACAUACCAGCCAACAACAUGGCAGAUUAUAUUUGUUCAUCGAAAUGAAAUAAUAAGUGGAAACUACACACUACAACUGGCCUUGGCAUGUGCAGCUGAUGCUGACCUGCAGGUUCGAUUCAAUGACCCUGGCGCUUAUCCACCCCACUUUGCAACAGGGCGCAUAGGAGGAGAUAAUGCCAUAGCAAGACAUGGCAUCCAUGGAUUGCAUAGGUUGUUCAGCAUUGAUGUACCGAGUAACCUUUUUGUGAAAGGAAAGAACACUAUCUAUCUGAGGCAAUCAAGAGCCAUAAAUCCUUUCCAAGGAGUUAUGUAUGAUUAUAUCCGUUUAGAACGACCUCCAAUUCCAACCACUUGA